AGUGUUCCGUAGCCCCACUGGAACUACGCAGAGCCAGGCCAGCGGGACCACAGAAUGGGCUGAGGCGGCGGCGGCUCUUUGGAUAAAGUCGACAGCGGGACGUGGGGCGUGACGCCGUAGUAAAAGCCCAGCUUGAAAAUGGAGAUGUAUGAAACCCUUGGAAAAGUGGGAGAGGGAAGUUACGGAACAGUCAUGAAAUGUAAACAUAAGAAUACUGGGCAGAUAGUGGCCAUUAAGAUAUUUUAUGAGAGACCAGAACAAUCUGUCAACAAAAUUGCGAUGAGAGAAAUAAAGUUUCUAAAGCAAUUUCAUCAUGAAAACCUGGUCAAUCUGAUUGAAGUUUUUAGACAGAAAAAGAAAAUUCAUUUGGUAUUUGAAUUUAUUGACCACACAAUAUUAGAUGAGUUACAACAUUAUUGUCAUGGACUAGAGAGUAAACGACUUAGAAAAUACCUCUUCCAGAUCCUUCGAGCAAUUGACUAUCUUCACAGUAAUAAUAUCAUUCAUCGCGAUAUAAAACCUGAGAAUAUUUUAGUAUCCCAGUCAGGAAUUGCUAAGCUCUGUGAUUUUGGUUUUGCACGAACACUAGCAGCUCCUGGGGACAUUUAUACGGACUAUGUGGCCACACGCUGGUAUAGAGCUCCAGAAUUAGUAUUAAAAGAUACUUCUUAUGGAAAACCUGUGGAUAUCUGGGCUUUGGGCUGUAUGAUCAUUGAGAUGGCCACUGGAAAUCCCUAUCUUCCUAGUAGCUCUGAUUUGGAUUUACUCCAUAAAAUUGUUUUGAAAGUGGGCAAUUUGUCACCUCACUUGCAGAAUAUCUUUUCCAAGAGCCCCAUUUUUGCUGGGGUAGUUCUUCCUCAAGUUCAACACCCCAAAAAUGCAAGAAAAAAAUAUCCAAACCUUAAUGGAUUGUUGGCAGAUAUAGUUCAUGCUUGUUUACAAAUUGAUCCUGCUGACAGGAUAUCAUCUAGUGAUCUUUUGCAUCAUGAGUAUUUUACUAGAGAUGGAUUUAUUGAAAAAUUCAUGCCAGAACUGAAAGCUAAAUUACUGCAGGAGGCAAAAGUCAAUUCAUUAAUAAAGCCAAAAGAGAGUUCUAAAGAAAAUGAACUCAGGAAAGAUGAAAGAAAAACAGUUUAUACCAAUACACUGCUAAGUAGUUCAGUUUUGGGAAAGGAAAUAGAAAAAGAGAAAAAGCCCAAGGAGAUCAAAGUCAGAGUUAUUAAAGUCAAAGGAGGAAGAGGAGAUAUCUCAGAACCAAAAAAGAAAGAGUAUGAAGGUGGACUUUGUCAACAGGAUGCAAAUGAAAAUGUUCAUCCUAUGUCUCCAGAUACAAAACUUGUAACCACUGAACCGCCAAACCCUAUCAAUCCCAGCACUAACUGUAAUGGCUUGAAAGAAAAUCCACAUUGCGGAGGUUCUAUGACAAUGCCACCCAUCAAUCUAACUAACAGUAAUUUGAUGGCUGCAAAUCUCAAUUCAAAUCUCUUUCACCCCAGUGUGAGGUUAACUGAAAGAGCAAAAAAGAGACGCACUUCUUCACAAUCUAUUGGACAAGUUAUGCCUAAUAGCAGGCAAGAGGAUCCAGGUCCUAUUCAAAGCCAAAUGGAGAAGGGUAUAUUUAAUGAGCGAACAGGUCACAGUGACCAAAUGUCUAAUGAGAACAAAAGGAAGCUGAAUUUUUCCAGAUCUGACAGGAAAGAAUUCCAUUUUCCAGAAUUGCCUGUCACAAUACAGCCAAAAGAUACGAAAGGAAUGGAAGUUAAACAGAUAAAAAUGCUGAAGAGGGAGUCAAAGAAAACAGAUUCAUCUAAGAUACCAACUUUACUUAAUGUGGAUCAAAAUCAAGAAAAACAAGAGGGUGGAGAUGGCCAUUGUGAGGGGAAGAAUUUGAAGAGAAACAGGUUUUUUUUCUGGUAGUGUCUUUUCUUUUAAAUAGUCCUAAAAAUACAAGAUGACAACUCUUCCCUUUUUAUUUAUCUACGAUAGAAAUGUGAUGUGAGUUAUUGUUAAGACAGCCAUCCAUGUGCAUGAGCAUCAUCCAGCUUUUUUUUGUUAGCAAAGCCAUUACUGUUUUCUUCUCCCUUUUAAGACUGUUGAUGUGAUAAUUUGAUUUGGAAUUAUAAAGUCAUCUUUUCUCUGCCUACU